UCUUGAUGUUGAGUGUCAACUUGGGAAGCUGUCCCGGGUGUUACAGCAAGGCUGAAGGCUCUACCCGACACGCAAAUAUCACCAUGCAUGCAUCUUCAUAAAUAAGGCGGAACCAGAAGCUAUAUUUAGACAGAAAUGGAUGGUCACAACAGAAUCACAAACCCUAUAUAUUGUUUUCGUCUUCGGCAGAAUAUUUCAAAGUGAAUCAGCUAAUAACUCGAUUAGUUCAUUAAUAAUAAAACAACAAUGGCAAUGGCUAAGAGUGCUGUGACUGUGUUCUCAAUCAUGGCUCUCUUUGGGGCGGCCAUGGCAACUACUUACACCGUUGGUGACAAAGCCGGUUGGACUAUCCAAGGCAGCCCUGAUUACGAAAAGUGGGCUGAGGAUAAGACCUUCAAAGUUGGCGAUAUUCUCUUUUUCAAGUAUAAUCCCGCAAUGCACGAUGUGAAGCAAGUGAGCAAGGCAGAUUAUGAAGCAUGCAAUGGAAAAUCCGCAAUCGCAACAUACACCACAGGCGCCGAUUCAAUCACCCUCAAGGAGCCUGGAAAAGCCUAUUUCCUUUGCAGUUUUACUGGACAUUGUAAAAUGGGCCAGAAACUUGAAGUUAAUGUAGUCGGAAGUGCAGCAAGCCCAGACGGUGGCCCGGCUGCAAGCCCAGAAGGUGCUGCUGCUGCUGCUCCAAAGAGUGAAACAGCUUCAAGCCCAAAUGCGAGUGCCACCGAUGCUUCAACCCCAACUGCAACUGAAGCAGGAGGAGUUGCCCCAACAGCACCAACUUCAUCUGGAUCAUCUUCAACCAAAUAUAAUGCUGGUUUGGUUUCGGCAGUGCUUUCAGUUGCAGCUGCUUUUGCUUUCUAGAUAGCUAUUGCAUUUAAUCAACUUUC